CACUUGGAAAGGGAAAGCAAUCACACGAGACAAGACAGGGGGACGGAGACUCGAGAGAAGAGAGACUGCUGCCACCAGAGACCGCUCCUCCUCAUCUGUUCUUCCAACCCUCCGCAUCUCAGCAAACGCCCGCCCAGCAGAAGCUAAAAGGAUACGCCACAGAAUUACAUGGACUCUCCUUGCAGGAGAUUCGAUUCGCUCAUAGAGAAGGCUGUGUAGAUUGACCUUCGGCUGGGUCCAACCUCCAACUCCUAUUUUGGUGUACUGAACACUGCUUGAUGUGAUCAUAGCUCUUGGUUCAUAGUUUCCAUUAGCCAUUACAGCAAGGAGUUCCGAAAUGCUGAGAAGCUCCACAGUUCUUCCUGUUGCUUCCUUGACCGAACAACUAUAGUACUUAUGAGGGGAGGUACUGUUUAUUUAAACCUGCUCAUGCUCUUAUUCUUUCUCAGAUGACUGUCAAAUAUUGGCUGCAAAUCUCACUCUCAUGUCAUGAAGAGCAUGAUCAUUGGAAAUUCGGAUGAAUUUUGCCGUUGUCAGGUGUGCCUCGGGAAGGACACGCUACUUGGGGAUGAAGAAAACCCAAGAUUGGCGAUGUUUGAAAGACGGCUUCCCUUCUUUGGUUGUGGAAUUGGAUGGUGUUGUUUUCUUUUAGGUUUCAUGUGCCCUUUAAUCUGGUACAUAGCGGCUCUUCUUUAUUGCUGCAAGUACUACAACCGGGAUCCUCGAGAACGGCCUGGGCUUUGUGCUUCUGCAUUUCUGGCAAUCAUCUUUACAGCAGUGACUAUUGUUACCCUUUUUGUUUUACUGAUAAUUUGUGAACACAAGCGAUUCUUGAAUGGCUGUGGUAGCGGACUGAAAAUACACAAUAGCUGGCUGCAAGAUAUUCGUUGCAUAUCCAUGACAAAUGGAGUACUUGACAGAAAUACUAUUUAGGUUAUUAGUUAAUCUAUUGGUUGAAUUCCCAGGAGAAAUCGAAGGAUUGCCCUUAGCAUGAUAGCAUGUCGGCACUGUCCGCUAUCACCUACUGUUUAGUGUAGAUUGAUGUACAGUUUUGUACUGGCGGAUGAACCUGUUGUAUAACAUUAUUGUACUGCCAACCCAUUGGAAUUUAUUCUUUCUGGCGCAAUCAAAGAUUACAUGUGCAAGCUAA